AUGAAAUAUCACUCCUCAACUAGCAACCUGAGGGCACACCUGACAACGUUACACCCUGACAAGCUGGGCGAUCUGUCCGAGGAACCGCCGCUAAAACAAGCGAGAAUUACUUCUUUUCUGCCUCUCUCCUCAUCACGGGGCUUACCAGCUGUCCGCCAGAAGGCGAUAACAGACAAACUGACACGGUUUAUCUGUAAAGAUAUGAGACCGAUCAACAUCACACAGGGAUCUGGAUUUAAAGAUUUUAUUCGCGAGCUUGAGCCAAGGUACACCGUUCCUAGCCGCGCAACAAUCACUGACAGAGUUGUGAAACUCUAUGAGACAACAUCAGACAACGUCAGACAAAUGAUCAGUGGAAAAAAGAUCGCCCUGACCACAGAUGGCUGGACAUCACUUGCCACAGAGGCAUAUGUGACGGUCACCGCACAUUUUAUAAAUGAUGUUAGGGAAUUAAAAGAUGUCAUUCUCAAAACGGCUGAAGCGCAGAAAAGCCACACCGCCGAGAACGUUGCUGAGUGCAUCUCAAACAUACUCGGAGAGUACAACGUUAGUCGUGAGUCAGUGCUUUCCAUCACCACUGACAACGCGGCUAAUUAUAUCAACGCUGUCGAGAGGCGCCUGCAGGUCGUCAAUGUCCCGUGCAUGGCACACACCAUUAACCUGGCUGUAAGGAAAGGGCUGGCAGUGCGAGCUAUAGAAACUCCAGUGAGCAGACUGAAGGCCACAGCACUGCAUUUUAACAAAUCAACUACCGACAGCUACCUUUUAGAAUCCAAGCAGGAGCUGCUUGGUCUUAAACAUGCGAAGCUAAUAAACGACUGUGCCACGCGAUGGAACAGCACUUACGACAUGGUGUGUCGGGCAGCCGAGCAACAAGCUCCGGUAGCAGCGGUCAUCAUGGAGAAGAAACUUGGUCAUCUCGAGUUGACUACCAGCGAGUGGACCCUUAUGGAGCAGGUGAGAGCAGUGCUUAAGCCAUUCAAAGUGGCCACUGAGGCAUUAUCCACCGACCGAUUUCCAACAGCAUCAGCUGUUCUACCCCUGAAGUAUGUACUUUUGUCACAUCUUCAGCCAUCCACGGGUGAUCCGGCAGCUCUCAAAGAAAUGAAAACGAAGAUAAAGACUGACCUCUACAAUCGAUACAGUCAAGACAAAGAUGCCUUCAAGCUGCUUAAUACGGCUAGCUACCUUGACCCGCGUUUCCAUCGGCUAAUUCAUUUAGAACGAGACCAACGGCAGGAGGUGCGCGAGAAAAUAAAAGGAGAGAUAAGUCAGCUGCCAGUGUUUGCGGAGCGAGCAGCCAUGGCGAUAACGCGCAGGGAGAAAACCGCUCUCAGUGCUAUGGGGGACCUUUUUGGUGAUGUUUACCGCCAAGGAGCAGACGCGUCAGAUGGUCCCUUAGAUAUAGGAGCCGUCCUAGAGCAAGAAAUGUUGAUCUACGAAAGUGAGACCCCACUACCCUCCGAUUGCAACCCAUUAUCAUGGUGGAUGACGUCACAGUCUAAGUACCCCCACCUUGCCCAGCUGGCACGGCGCUACUUGAGCAUCCCGGGCACCUCAGUUAGAGCAGAAAGGGUUUUCUCUACGGCUGGGAUUAUAGUAAAUAAAAAACGCUCUGCACUGGAUUCAGAAAACGUGGAUCGUCUUGUGUUUUUGGCCAACAACCUUAGGGAUUAA